CAUUUUACUAUUCUCUUUCGCAUCGGUUAUCACAUGGCGGAAAUAAUAACAUAGUUUCUUCGACUGGUCAUUUUAAAUCAGAAUUGGAAUCGAUGUGUUAUAUGAACAUGCCCGAUGUAUAUUUGGGUUGUUCAUGUAACACCCUCCACCUAGAUUUGACAACGAACAUUUCCUCGUUAUAUAAAACACAACUAAAGUUACGAAUAUGUUGUAGUAUCUGAUUUGAUUUUGAUUGAAAAUGAAUUGGUUCUCUUUGUUGUUAUUUUACGUGACUUCCUUAAUAUGUGCAAUGUUUGUUAAAGCAGGAGGUGGUGGAGGUCAUGAGCAUGUGAAGAUCAUUGUACCUGAAUAUCAUCAUACUCACCACCAUUACGAAAAAGUGUACAAAACUAUCCAUCAUGGAGGCGGUGGAGGUGGUGGGCAUAGUCAUGGAGGAAAACCUUUUAAAUGGGAUGGAAACAAUUGGUAGAUUAUUAGGUCCUAAUUUUAUUUAUAAUUAUUGAUUUCAUGUUUCCAAAAUUUCUUUUUUUGUGAUAUUUUUACA